AUCAAUGGGGCCGGACUCAGAACCGCGGACGUCGCUGCGGGAGCUGCAGCCUGGAGACACGCCAGAAGGCGCGAGCUGGUACACUUUUGCCCCACUUGGGGAGAGACCCUGUGCUCGAGUGGGUCACAACUGCUUUUACCUGCCUCCAGUGGAUUCGAGCAGUAGUAAAGGGAAAGUUGUCAUUGUGGGGGGAGCAAACCCAAAUGGCAGCUUCUCUGAUGUGUACUUCAUUGAUCUUGAUGGACACAGCUGGACAUUGCCUCACUGGGAAGGCCUUUUGCCCCGGUACGAGCAUUCAGCCUUCAUUCCUAUAAGCCAGCCCACAAAACUCUGGGUUUUUGGAGGGGCCAAUGAGACAGGGAACAGGAACUGCGUGCAAGUUUUGGACCUGCAAAGUGGGACUUGGGAGAGUCCUGAAGUGACGGGCACUCCCCCAUCCCCAAGGACAUUUCACACAUCUUCUGCAGCAAUUGGGGACCGUCUGUAUGUAUUUGGAGGAGGUGACAAAGGCGCAGAUCCUGUCCAAGACCAGCAACUUUACAUAUUUGACUCAGCCACGCUGACAUGGCAGCAGCCAGAAGUACAUGGCAGCCCUCCUGCCCCUCGGCAUGGCCACGCAGUGGUGGCUGUUGGGAGCAAAUUGUUUAUCCAUGGUGGCUUGGCUGGUGAUACCUUUUACAGCGAUCUGUACUGCAUUGAUACAAGUGAUAUGAAAUGGGAGCUGCUGUUGGCCACUGGAUCUGUCCCAGGAGGGCGGGCAGCUCAUUCGGCAGCUGUUUUUCAGAGUUAUUUGUACAUCUUUGGUGGAAUGGACCCAACAGGUGCACUGGACUCAAUGUACAAAUAUCACACAGAAAAAGGUCACUGGAUACAGUUAGAGUUCAAGACCCCUUUGCCUCCUGGGCGCCUGGACCAUUCCAUGUGUAUCAUUCCCUGGGAAGCCUCUUCCAAGAACAGAGAUUGUGAAAGGGCAGCUGGAGAAGAGACCAACGGCCAGAAGGAAAGCUGCCUUGAGGAGCACCUGUGCCUAAUAUUUGGGGGAAUGGAUAUGAGGGGGGAGCUUUAUAAGGACUGUCUUGUAAGUGUGCUUCAGUAAGAAAACCAUAGGGCACUGAAACAGCACAAUUCUGGCGAUGACCCGAGUGAGUCUUUUCACUGACAAUCAAAAACUUUAUGGCAAACUACUGCGUGUAUUCUUAUAUGAGUGUUUCUCAAGGUUCAGUGCCCAGUGACUGGGCAAGAACUUAAAACAAAAAAGUUGGUUUUCUUUUAUGUAUUCAUCAAUUUCAUUACGUACAAAUAGAAAAUUGUCAGCUCUGUAA